GGGGUGUUUAUAAAAAGAAAAGCAUUCCCUUCUUUGCUCUCACUGUCAACAACCUCCUGAAGACAUGCUUACCACAACUGAGAGAGUGGGGAAACAGUUUGAGACCUGGCAUCAUUUAAACCUCCUCCACAGGCAGAAAAGCCAGAAGAGAAAAAUGAAGACAGGUCAUUCUGAUAAGGUCGCCAUGCUGCUAGCAGCUGUGAUUCUAAUGGACAUCUUCCAGGUGAAGGCUGAAAUAUUAGACAUGGCAGAUGAUGCAUUUGAUGAUGAAUACCUGAAAUGCAUUGACAAGAUGGAAAUCAAGUAUGUUCCCCAACUGCUCAAGGAGGAAAAAGCAAGCCAUCAGCUCUUGAAGGAUGUGUGGGAAAAUGCAAAAGCCAAAUGGGAAGCCCAGAAGACGCAGCUCUCUGUCCCUGUAAAUUUUAAGGAUAACCACGGAAUAGCCCUGAUGGCAUACAUUUCUGAAGCCCAAGCGCAAACUCCCUUCUACCAUAUGUUCAGUGAAGCGGUGAAGGUGGCCGGCCAGUCUCGAAAGGAUUAUAUCUAUGGCUUCCAGUUCAAAGCUCUUCAUUUCUACUUGAGCACAGCCCUGCAGCUGCUGAGAAGACCUUGUGAGGACAGUCACAAGAAUGUGGUGUACAGCCUGAGCCAGCGUGCUUCAUUUCCCCCUGGAAAGCCAGCCCAAGCCCGAUUUGGCCACUUCGCCCUGGCAUAUACAGUCCAACCUCAAACUGCCAGCGACCAAGACAUUCUGUUAACUAUCCACACGUGCUUUGCAGUUGCCGUUGAUAACUUUUUUGAUAAAGAAAGUGAAAGAAUUGUUUUAAUACCUCUAAAUGAGGUUUUUCAUGUGUCACAGGGUGGGACUGGCAACAAUCUUAUCCUUCAGAGCACGAACAAGACCUGCAGUCAUUACGACUGUGCAUUUCUAGGUGGACUAAAGACUGCACAUUGUGUUGAGAACACAGAAUAUUUUCAACCCAUCUAUAUCUACAAGCCUGGUGAGAAAAAUCAGAAGCUUGAAGACCCUGGAGUGAAAAGCCAGGAGUUCACUGUCUUACCCAGUGUGGAGAACCAUGAACCCACUCAAAUACCUGGAAUGAAAAUUCCAGAACCUUUUUCACUACCUGGAAUAAAAAUGUUACAACCGGAAAGAAGACCUGAAUACAAAAGUCAAGAAGAUAUCGACAAUCCUAGUCCAGGUCCUGUGCCAGUUCCAGGUCCCAAAACCCAUCCCUCUGCAUCCUCUGGCACAAUGCUCCUUCCACCGUUUGGGACAUUUAUCAUUUCAAUUGGUGCUUCUGCUAUUAAUCUCUUUGUGGCUCUGUAACCUGACAUUCUUUAUUACCUGAAAUAUUCUUAUAUGGAUCGCAAAAGGAAUGUUUUUUUCCACUUGUUAGCCAAAAGUCACUUGAUAAAAUGAAAACUGCAUUUUUGUUAUGUACUUUCCAAAUCCAGAAAGUUAAUCUUUUAAUGGAAACACAUGGUUGAAAAGUUGGUCCAGAAAUGUCAUACAUUGAUUUUGCACUUAUUUCUGUAUUCAUCUUACGAUUGCAAAAAAAAAACCCACAAAAAAAACCAAA